GAACCGAAGUAGUCAGUGUGCCUCGAGGAGCACGAUCGUACGGCUCGCGACAAACGGAAAGGUGACGCGUUCGGUCACAUCACAACACUCUGCCUGUUGCAACCGCGAUGAUAAGCUAACGGUGCUUUGUGUUCUUUAGUAGAGCAGAGUAGAACGUGGCGUAGUAUGCUAAUGAAGAAAUGUUUACACGGUGGAGGUCUGGCAUAUUGAAUAUUGUUUUGCUGCUGACAUGCGUGAUUUUUGGUGGCAGAAGUGAACAACAGGUACAAACUGGAACGGCAGCCGGCAUCGACACAAACAAGACUCAUCUCCGGAACAGUGACUACGACUUUGAAUAUGCGCCGGAUUGGUCUCCAAUUAAUCGCACCCUUGGUUCGGUGUCAGCGGUAGCUUUCGAUUCCUAUGGAAAUAUAGUGAUCUUCCACCGGGGAUCCCACGUCUGGGAUGCACUUUCUUUCGAUCCCCAGAAUCGAUACCUACCGGUCAGCAGUGGACCGAUCGCCGAGUCGACAUUGUUAAUUGUCAGCAACCAAACUGGAUCACUUGUUAGCGAAUGGGGUGCUAAUUAUUUCUACAUGCCACAUGGACUUACCAUCGAUCGGAACAAUAGCUAUUGGCUGACGGACGUUGCUAUGCAUCAGGUAUUCAAAUUCGAUCCGGCUAUUUCCACGACGGAACCGCUACUAACCAUCGGUCGUCGCUUCCAACCGGGUAGUGACAUCCACAGCUUCUGCAAACCAACAUCGGUUGCUGUUUUGAGCAACGGGGAUUUCUUCGUCGCUGACGGUUACUGUAAUGGUCGAAUAAUGAAAUUUUCGUCUGAUGGCAACUUAAUACUUAGCUGGGGAAAAAAUUCUUUUGUCGUAACAAGAACAUUUAUGCUACCGGCGGGUCCUGUUCCGGAAAACUUCUUCGCCAUUCCCCAUGCAUUGACUUACGCGACCGAUAAGGAUAUUCUGUGUGUAGCAGAUCGCGAGCAAGGCCGAGUACAAUGCUUCAACGCCCAGGACGGGACAUUUCAUUCCAUGUACAGUCAUCCACAAAUCGGAAGCCGAAUUUUCAGUGUCAAGUAUGCCCCCCUGAAUGGUGGUGUAUUUUACAUUAUCAACGGUCCGCAGUAUACUAGCGAUAAGCAACCGGUCAGCGGCUUCAUCCUGUCGAUGACAACAAAUCAAAUCGCCGGUCGAUUUUUUCCCACCAAUGCACAAAGGGCAUUCAGUAACCCUCACGAUCUGGCUGUCAGUUUCGACGGGAGUCAAAUGUACGUAGCCGAGUUAUCCCCGGCCAAAGUUCACAAAUUUAAACGGAAAACCCUAGUACAACCAGAGCCGCAACCUACGGAACGAUCGCAAUCUUUGCGCAGUGAAACGCUUCCCGUCUCGAUUGAUCCGGUGUUAAGCACGGAAAGCCCCUAUGCCAGUACCUUGAUGAUCGUGUCUAUUGUGGGUAGUUUGUUAACAACGAGCUGUCUGAUAUUCUGCGUGUGGCGUACGAUUUGCCCGAGCUCGCAUGCCUCUGGCAGACGACAACGGUUUUCGACGCCCGUGGAAAAUAUUUCACUACGAAAUUUGAAUCGCUCGGAGGAACUGGAAGGCUCUGCCUGAGUACGCGUGCUUUACUGAUAAGUGAUAGUGAUGUUGUCGAACUGCACAAUGAUAACCUGCACUGUGAUUAAUACUAUCUUGAAUAAAUUUUGUUCCAGAAACACAA